UACCGGAACCGUUAUUGUGCAACCGAAAUCCAACUCGGACGUGUCCGAAGGUGGAAAACACACAUUCUCCCAACAAGGAGGAGCUUCCACAGGGAAAGUGGAAAAAUGCGUGGUGAAUGGAACCGAGCCGAACAAAGCUUCUGUGUAAAUUGAGCUCCGUAAUGUUGCACGGGAUAACGCGUUCUACCAAACCACCACCACCGACCUAUAUAAGACUCUGCAGGCCACCCCAAAUCAUCAGUCGUCUUUACCCUCCCAACAUGAACAUACUAAAGUGUUGCUUGGCGUUAUCUGUAUGCGCCAUUGCUAAGGCGGGAAUAAGACGGGACCUCGGCUUUGCUGGCGUCGGGUCUUUCCAUGGAUUUCCAGCGUCGAACCGAUUCAUCGGAAGAUUUACGAAUCAAGGAAACAGAUUUUUCGACGGAGGGGCACAACCAGGAGUGUUCCACGUCGGAGCCCCUGGAUACAGUAAAGGCGGCGUCGGUAACGGUUAUCAGGAACAAGGCUUCGGCAAUCAUCAAGACAUAGGUGCUUUCAAUGAAGGCUUUCAAAACGCAAUACUGACCCCGUUGUUGGUUCAGCCGGUAAAAGACGUUACAUUUGACAACGGCUGGAAAGGGAUUGAAACCGAACACGGGUCAAUCGGAGAAGGACACGCCUUAGCCAACUCAGCUUUUGGAGGUGGUCCUCAAAGGGCUGUAAUACCAGUACAUGAAAAUACAAACGAUGUUUUACCAGAUACGCCAAAUCCUAUUAAAAUCAACCCAGGUUUUGUAGGAUUUCAAGCACCCGAUGUUGGACAUUUUGGACAAGGUGCAUUUAGAGGCGGUCAUAAAGGCAUAGCUGUACCAAUCUUUGAGAAUAACUUUCGACAGACUCAUUCUCGACCUGCUGCACCUCUUUUCACACCGACAUUUAACAAGGAACCAAUUUUCUUUAACGUAAGACCUCAUAGGUAUCAAUAUCGGUUUCCCAACAACGCGCACUCUGGCCACAACGAUUUCUCGCAAAAUUGGCAGCUGGAUAACAACGGUCAUGGACAUGCGUCCCAAAACAGUGUGCAGUAUGGAUCUUUUGGCAACCACGCCUCAUCAGUCUCGAAUCACAACGGUCACACGUCUGCAACAGGACGAGAUCACGAUGCCAUCGAUCAUUCGGAAAACUUCGGCUCGUCCCACUCACAAGGAAUCUCUACGCCCGAUGUUCAUCUCCAGUCUAGUCAUGGUCAUGAGGCUCAUUCGACAGGGAACAGCAUAGCCGAUGGUCACGGGACAAAUGGACAUGGAGCUGGUCACGCCCAAGAAAAAGCGACUUCCUACCAGAGCUUCGUCAUACACAGUUACAAACCGGUGCCGGUAUACGCCAAAGCUGAAGAAUACAAACACGAAGAUUUCUCAGGGCACGAAGGAUCACGUCAAGGAAACAAAAAUCAGGACGAUCAUUAAUUGAAACAAAUAAAACGAAAAUACGCUUAAUUUAUUACAGGGGCUGACUUUUCCAUGUUGCUAGUCUACAAUAAUGAUGUUAUUCAUUUAAACUGUUAAUAAAAACAGUUU